CUUUCAGGAAGAUGACAAAAUCAGGAGAAAGAUGCUGUUUUGCACUAUCUUGAUUUGUUACAGCAGCCAACUUAUUGGCAUGAUGGAGUGACAGGAAAAGCAGCUGGCAUGGAAGAUGAAAGAGAAGAUGUUCAAAAGAAAACAUUCACAAAAUGGAUAAAUGCACAAUUUUCUAAGUUUGGGAAGCAGCACAUCGAGAACCUCUUCAGUGACUUGCAGGAUGGGAGACGCCUCCUAGACCUCCUCGAAGGCCUGACAGGGCAAAAACUGCCAAAAGAAAAAGGAUCCACAAGGGUUCAUGCUCUGAACAAUGUCAACAAGGCACUGCGAGUUUUGCAGAAAAAUAACGUUGAUUUAGUGAAUAUUGGGAGCACUGACAUAGUCGAUGGAAACCAUAAACUGACCCUUGGUUUGAUUUGGAACAUAAUCCUCCACUGGCAGGUCAAAAAUGUAAUGAAAAAUAUCAUGGCGGGAUUGCAACAAACCAACAGUGAAAAGAUUCUCCUGAGUUGGGUCCGACAAUCCACUCGUAAUUAUCCCCAGGUCAAUGUCAUCAAUUUCACUACCAGCUGGUCUGAUGGCCUGGCUUUGAACGCGCUCAUCCAUAGUCAUAGGCCAGACCUGUUUGAUUGGAACAGUGUGGUUUGCCAGCAGUCAGCUAUACAACGACUGGAACAUGCAUUUAACAUCGCUAAACAUCAGCUAGGCAUUGAGAAACUUCUUGAUCCUGAAGAUGUUGCCACCACUUACCCUGAUAAGAAGUCCAUCUUAAUGUACGUCACAUCACUCUUCCAAGUGUUGCCUCAACAAGUGAGCAUCGAAGCCAUCCAGGAAGUAGAAAUGUUGCCAAAACCAUCAAAAGUUACUCAAGAAGAGCAUUUUCAAUUACAUCAUCAGAUGCACUAUUCUCAGCAGAUCACUGUCAGUCUAGCGCAGGGCUAUGAGCGAACCUCUUCGUCUCCAAAACCUCGGUUCAAGAGCUAUGCCUACACGCAGGCUGCUUAUGUCACCUCCUCUGACCCCACACGGAGCCCGUUUCCUCCAGAGCAUUUGGAAGCUCCUGAAGACAAGCCAUUUGGCCGCUCACUGGUGGGGAGUGAAGUCAACCUGGACACUUACCAAACAGCUUUGGAGGAAGUGCUCUCGUGGCUCCUUUCUGCCGAGGAUGCUCUGCGAGCCCAGGGAGAGGUUUCCAGUGAUGUAGAAGAAGUAAAGGAACAAUUUCACACUCAUGAGGGGUACAUGAUGGAUUUGACAUCUCAUCAGGGACGGGUUGGUAAUGUUCUCCAAUUGGGAAGUCAACUGAUUGGAGCAGGGAAAUUAUCAGAAGACGAAGAAACUGAAGUACAAGAACAAAUGAAUCUCUUAAAUUCUCGUUGGGAAUGCCUCCGGGUAGCUAGCAUGGAAAAACAAAGCAAUUUGCAUAAGGUCCUGAUGGAUCUCCAGAAUCAACAGCUGAAAGAGUUAAAUGACUGGCUAACAAAAACAGAAGAGAGGACAAGGAAAAUGGAGGAAGAGCCCCUUGGACCUGACCUUGAAGACUUAAAACGCCAAGUUCAACAACAUAAGGUGCUUCAAGAAGACCUAGAACAGGAACAAGUCAGAGUGAAUUCUCUCACUCACAUGGUAGUGGUGGUCGAUGAAACAAGUGGGGACCAAGCAACGGCUGCCUUGGAAGAACAACUUAAGAUCUUGGGAGACCGAUGGGCAAACAUCUGUAGGUGGACAGAAGACCGCUGGGUUCUUUUACAAGACAUCCUUUUAAAAUGGCAGCGUUUCACAGAAGAACAGUGCCUUUUUAUUGCUUGGCUUUCUGAAAAAGAAGAGGCAGUGAGCAAGAUUCCCACCUCUGGCUUUAAGGAUCAAACUGAAAAGUUAUCAAGUAUUCAAAAACUGACUGUCUUGAAAACAGAACUAGAAAUGAAAAAGCAAACCAUGGAGAAACUCUCCUCACUAAACCAAGAUCUUCUUUCAACCCUGAAAAACAAGGCAGUGACCCAGAAGAUGGAAACGUGGCUGGAAAACUUUGCUCAGCGUUGGGAUAAUUUAACCCAAAAGCUUGAAAAGAGUUCAUCACAGAUUUCACAGACUGUCACCACCACUCAGCCGUCACUAACACAGACAACUGUAAUGGAAACCGUAACUAUGGUGACCACGAGGGAGCAGAUCCUGGUAGAGCACACCCAAGAGGGUCUUCCACCACCACCGCCCCAAAAGAAGAGACAGAUGACCGUGGACUCGGAAAUUAGGAAAAGGUUGGAUGUCGAUAUGACUGAACUUCACAGUUGGAUUACUCGCUCGGAAGCUGUGUUGCAGAGUCCAGAAUUUGCAAUCUUUCGGAAGGAAGGCAGCUUCUCAGAUCUGAAAGACAAAGUCAAUGUAGGUUAUGCAUUUGUUUAUUCUUCUGUCAUCCUUAUUCAUUGCCUAACUUUCAAAUGCCUGUGCUUCAAGUCCCCUUUGCUUCCAGAAAGUAAGGUGGUUUCAUCUACAUAA